UCUGUUCGUGUUCACUCGAAGGUCGAGCUGAAGGCUUACGUGUUGUCCGCACGUUUCCUUCCGCCAACCGCCAAGUGACUCGCAAUCGCAGGCGACGAACAAAGUUUGACAAGUUUGAGGUGUGAUAGCACGACGAGAUCGCGUUCGCGAUAAAUCAAUUAUCAGUUAUCGUGUGAAGUUUUGAUAGUGUCGCAAAAGCCCGCUCCAAAAAGGAUUAAUCAUGCAGGUGCACGAGCAGAUUAUCAUGACCGAUGGGCAGGAGCAGCCCAUCUCUAGGACAUAUCAGUAUCGAAAGGUGAUGAAACCGAUGCUCGAGCGCAAACGUCGAGCGCGCAUCAACCGUUGCUUGGACGAGCUGAAGGAUCUGAUGGUGACCGCGCUGGCCGGCGACGGCGAGAACGUGGCGAAGCUGGAGAAGGCGGAUAUCCUGGAGCUGACGGUGCGUCAUCUGCACAAGCUCCAACGCCAGCAGCGUCUCUCGGCAAAUCCGGUGAUCGACGCCGACCGCUUUCGCGCCGGCUACACGCAUUGCGCCAACGAGGUCAGCCGCUGCCUGGCCGCCACCCCCGGUGUCGAUGUCGCCCUCGGCACCAAGCUCAUGACGCAUCUCGGCCACAAGCUCAACUCCAUGGACAAGACCGGGCCGUUGACCAUCCACGUGACCGCGCCACAAUCAUCGCCGUCGCCCUCAAGCGAGCUCAGUUCCGACGAGUACUCGAUGCCGCUGACGCCGGCGUCCAGCCAACCAUCCCCGGUACGAACCGACAUCGACACCGUCUCCCAGAGCCACCAGGGUCUCCUGCAGGUGGCCAAACCGAACGAGCCCAUCUGGCGACCGUGGUAAAUUUCUAUCCGGCCAAUCGGCCGAGUAACGAAAUCGGCGAAAGGAUGUUUCCUCCGAAUCCGAAGGAUCAUCAGGGGACCAAUCUUGCAAUUUCGUUUGUGAUUUGAACGGAAUGAACGCCGCGAGAGACUGGGAACAUCGCGAGGGAAGAAGAGGAAGAAGUCUACCCACGUGCUUAGACUCGAGGAUUUCCAUUUGCAGAAGACACUCGGCGGACGUCAUUCUGACAUCGUCGCCGCAAACAUCUUCUCGAUAACGUGCCGGAAAGCGAGAUGGGAGUCUUCUUUCGGGGCCGAGCGCGGCUGAAGCUUUAAUUUACUCGACAGUUAGAUAUUUUCUAUUGUUUAUUUCAUACUUUUAUCGAGGAUGUUUUUUCUUUUCUUUUUCUUUUUUUUAUUUUCUCGCCGAUAUAACGUUGUUGUAUGGAGUCUCUUCACCGGUCAAGAAAUCGGAGAUAAGGGACAACGACGACGAAUGAUCUCUCGAGGCGACGAUUUCGGUGAUUCCGAAAGGCACGCGUUCGGAUUCAAUGAAGCGCAGCGCGGAUUAUUAUAUGUAAAAAUGACCGAGCGGAGAAUCUUGUGAUAGAGAAACGUGUACCUGUGAUAUUUACUGUAGUAGGCGUAGAGAAUGAUACUAGAUUUUUAAUAAACAUGUUUCGUAUCAGCAUUAAA